AUAAUUUCUGUGAAGUAUCAUAUACUUAUGGCAAUAAGCUUGAAUACUUUAUAUAUGUGUAUAGAUUUUUUAGUGCAAAGUUUUCAGAAUUUGUUUACAAAUUCUUCUGGCAUGAGUGCAUUUAAAAGUGUUCUUAAUAUGAAUAUUUUUAUGACAAUUUUUGCUAUUCAGCUAAUAGUCUUUAUGAUUAUUUCUGUUCAUGCAUAUGAACUCUUUUUUAAGAGAAUUCAAAGUUGUACAUUAAUGUGCAUUGGUUGGAGUAUAUUUUCAGUUUUGUUAAUAAAACUUAUCCAUUGGCUUGAUACAAGCAAGAAAAAUAAUUUCAAUAUUGAUGCGAUGCAAGGUUUGGAUUAUGGAACUGGAAUGGCUUACAGUUAUUACUAUGGAUACUUGAAACUGAUAUUGCCCUCAACAGGAACUUCUCAAAAAAGUUUAAUUGAGAAAAUUGAAAAUAUUGAGGACUGUCAUAAUAUAUCAAUAAGUUGCCACAAAUUAUUCAUUUUAAUUCCUUCAUCAACAUAUAUACCACCGGAUCUUAAAGAAAUUUCGUAUCAAUGGAUGGAAAGCGUAGUUGAGUUAGAAGAAGAUGUACGUGAUCGGGCAGGAGUAAAAAGAAGACGAUAUCACAAUAAUCUAUAUAAAAUUUAUCCUAAUGGUAUAAGGACAAACGUUAUACCUGAAUAUGUAGUAGCAGAAGGUGCUACACCUCUCAUGACAUUCUUCGAAGUUCAGAAACAUGCUCAUCCUGAGACAAAUAUUUAUAAAACAUAUCGUGAAAACAUUAUACAAAAGUUUUAUCUAAAAUUGAAAGAUUUAAUAGAGAAUGAUCCAGAGUGUAAUGGUCUUUGUGAUUUAAUUUAUUAUGAAGAUUGCGAUGAUAAGGGCGAGAAAGUUAAUGUUGCCAAAGUCAUACUAGAGAGACUGAAUAAAAUUGGUAAUAUAAAUCCUUAAAGAUAUGUAUAUUCUUUUCUAUAAGAAUGCAGAACUACAGAAGGAGAUGUAAUUACGUCAAAGAACUUUUAGAUCAUACAAGAUUUGAUCUAUAACGCACAAUAAACAUACAAUAAAUGUGUGAUAUAUCAACAUGUCUUUAAAGUAUGUGUCUAAAACUGUACAUUGAUUGAUUUUGUUGUCACAUGGACUAGACAGCAUACUUACUAUAAAUACAAGUAUUUAUGUAUGUGUAUGAGUAUGUGGACUGACAUUUCUGACUUUUGUCUAUUCUAUCUUAUCUUAAUAACUACACUACUAUGUCAUACAAAAAUGGAACAAAUUUUUGAGACAACCCAAUAAACUGUUGUAAGAAAUUCAAAUAAAAUUUUGUAUAAAAAGAUUAAUGAAAUUUUACAAAUGUAACAGUAAUUGUAAAAUAAAAACAAACGAUCACGUUCAAACUAAAAUACAUAAUAAUAAUAAGGCUAUAAGAGUAAUGAGAAGUAACUAUUUGCAAUGUCAAAAUAUUAUUUAUUAAUAAUGGUAUCUUUGUUUGCAGUACAAUAUACAAAAUAAUUUAUUUAAAAAUUUCUUUUUAUCUUUACUAACAGAUAGGAUGGUAAAUUCUUAUCAUUGUAUCAAUUAUGAUCAAUAUUUUUUAAUAAAACUUUUUGAAGACUUAUACCUAUAA